AUGGACAAUAACAACCUGUGCGAAGCAUGCAAGACAAUCCCCUCUCUCCGAGAGCUGAAUAACUGUUACUACACUCUACACGAGAAGUUUGAAGACUUCCAAUCAUGCCGUUGCCAUUUCUGUCGCUGGCUAUACACAUAUCUAGAUUCGAAAUCUUCUUUCCGUGACGAUUUCAGAAAGAUAGCCAAAGAGAACGCCGCGGUUGAGCUGUUUGGGAAUAUGAUGUUCCCAAAGGAAGGUGAUCAAUUACAAUCACUUAGUUUAGAUUCUGGCUCUGAGACUUUUCUUUUGUAUCUAUUUACACGUUACGACAACCCAGCUGCCAAGUACAUAUGGGGAAGAAUUGUAGAUAUUGACCCUUCUUCUGAUGAGGCAGUCAACCUUACAAAGUCUUGGCUGUCAGACUGCCAAAAUAACCAUCCAAAAUGUGGCGGUGCACCAGGAGAGGAUAUCGCGCUACCUACCUAUCUCAUCGAUUUAGGAGAGAAUGAAUCCGACAGAUCACGUCUGAUUCAGACAGGCUCAACUCAACAUGACCGAAGAUAUAUUGCUCUGAGCUAUGUCUGGGGCAUAGCGACACAACCGAUCAUGUUGACAAGGAAUACUAAAGCCGACUUGAUGGACGAAAUACCAGAGGCGAAACUACCACAAACUCACCGUGACGCUAUCCGGAUUGCUCGUUGGCUGGACGUGCGAUAUCUCUGGAUCGAUGCUUUGUGUAUCAUCCAAGAUGAUGAUAAAGAGAGCAAAAUGAAGGAAAUCGGACGAAUGCAUCUUACCUUUGGUAAUGCCUUUUUAACCGUGCAGGCUGCUCGAGCCGCGUCUGUCCAUGACGGAUUUCUAAGCCCUCGAGUUGACACCGAAGAAACACCAGAGAUUCCAUAUCCAUCUAUCGGUACAGACGGAAGUCGUGUAUUCGUGCGAACGAAGAUCUAUUACUACUCCGACGGUCCCACGUUUUCUCGAGCUUGGUGCUACGAAGAGAGUGUUCUCCCGAGGCGGAUUCUAACCUAUACCAACGAACUAAUCAAAUUCAGAUGCAUGAAACAAACAUGUGAUGAUUACGGACGAAUUUCCAAAUCAAUCAUGAAGUCUCCUCAUGUUUUCCAGGAUCCUUCGCCGUGGUAUAAAGGAACAGCCAUACCAAAAUCAGUCUGGGAUCCGGACCCAACAUUAGAUUUGUUGAAGGUCUGGUAUUCAAUUCUCGACCUCCAUUAUACACCUCGACUCCUUACAAAACCGGGUGAUAGACUCGUUGCAAUUGGUGGUCUCACGCGUAGGUUCAGAGAGCGUAUGCCCGGCGCCUAUAUUGCAGGUCUGUGGCAAGUCGAUCUACCAUGGGGUCUAUUAUGGGAAUGCCGGCGCGGAAAAUCGAGUGGAUUCUUCGGGGUUGAAAUCAUCAAAGCAUCUGGCCAAACAAAUGGCUACAAGCUCUCUAUGAUGCGGCCAGAAGGAUAUGAUAAAAAACGAGCACCAUCGUGGUCAUGGGCAGCUUUGAAUGGACCUGUUUCUCAUCCCAGCAUGAAUUUCAGAUUCUACCUAGAAGGGGAGCUCCGUGGUACCAAAAGACGAGUACUUUCCAGGAUUGAUGAGGUUCCACGUCCACUCGUUUCUGAAGGGAGUGCAAGAAGUGGACUGGGAGAAUACGAAGGGGAUGGAGCUCUCUACAUCACUGCUCCACUCCUUCUGGUAGAUUUGGUAUAUAAAGAUGAAGAGCGAUGGAAUACUUUGUAUGAGCAAACUCUCGCCACGUAUAAACGAAACGACCUUAUGAUUGGAGACCGACCUCUAACGAUUCUACAAUCGCCACGAAUCAACGUCGAGUCUCAUAGUUGGGACAACCUACCAAUAGGGCAUGCACAGCUCGAUCUGAAUGAAGACGAGUACAAACCCCGCAAAGUGUGGUGUCUUCUGAUCCUAGAUGGUAGGGGACUCGUUUUGGACGCCGUUGAUGAAGAAAAGAAUGUCUUUGUUCGUACGGGGAGUUUCCAUACUACGAAAGGCAUUUGGCUGGAUUCACUGAAUGAUGUUCCUCCGACGUCGCUUUGUGUUAUUUGAGAAUGCGUACAUCCUUUCGAUAUACGCAUAGGACAUAGGACACUCUUGUCUUUAUAGGGCUUGGACGAUUAACCCUAAGGCCAAUAUUCGUUAGAUGCCUGAAGAGCAGAAUAUGGGUCCAAUAAGUCUAAUCAGACCAAUAGAAUGCAGCUAGAAUAAGCACCUUUUGAUUGACUGGAGAUAAGAUACAGUUUACGAUCAUCUAGAUGAUCAGCCCAAAAAUAA